GUUGAAGGCAGAAAAGGAUAAAACUUAACAAGAGGAGCUGUUUUGUCCACCGCAUUCCCAAACCCUUGAACACUAUCCUCUUCUCAGUCUCAUACACCAAACCAAAAACCUCACUUUCCAAUGGCAAUUUCUUGGGCAGCAGCAACAACCUCAAAGCUCGCAUACCCUCCUCAUGUCCACUUCUCUCCUUCACCCUCCUCCAAUUAUCUCUUCCUUAAAACCCACAAACCCUCCGCCACACACCUCUCCUCUUCCUUCAUCCACCCCACCACAAUCCUCCACCUCGCCGCUGCCAACACCACCACCCGCCGCCGCUCCUUCACCGUCCGCGCCGCCCGCGGCAAGUUCGAGCGCAAGAAGCCCCACGUCAACAUCGGCACCAUCGGCCACGUCGACCACGGUAAGACCACCCUCACCGCCGCCCUCACCAUGGCCCUCGCCUCCCUCGGCAAUAGUGCCCCUAAAAAAUACGACGAGAUCGACGCCGCCCCCGAGGAGCGCGCCCGCGGCAUCACCAUCAACACCGCCACCGUCGAGUACGAGACCGAGAACCGCCACUACGCCCACGUCGACUGCCCCGGCCACGCCGACUACGUCAAGAACAUGAUCACCGGCGCUGCCCAGAUGGACGGCGCCAUCCUCGUCGUCUCCGGCGCCGACGGCCCAAUGCCCCAAACCAAAGAACACAUUCUUUUGGCCAAACAAGUCGGCGUUCCCAACAUUGUCGUCUUCCUCAACAAACAGGACCAGGUUGAUGACGAGGAGCUUCUUCAGUUAGUAGAAUUGGAGGUCCGGGAGCUUCUUUCCAAGUACGAGUUCCCCGGAGACGAUGUUCCGAUUAUCUCCGGUUCCGCUUUGCUGUCUUUGGAAGCUUUGAUGGCCAACCCUGCCAUCAAGCGCGGCGAAAACCAAUGGGUUGAUAAAAUUUACGAGCUCAUGGAAGCUGUGGAUGACUACAUUCCCAUCCCUCAGCGCCAAACUGAACUUCCCUUUUUGCUGGCCAUUGAGGAUGUUUUCACCAUCACCGGUCGUGGAACCGUCGCCACCGGAAGGGUUGAGAGAGGUACUAUUAGGGUUGGAGAGACUGUUGAUAUUGUUGGUGUGAAGGAGACUAGGAACACCACUGUGACUGGGGUGGAAAUGUUUCAGAAGAUUCUGGAUGAGGCUUUGGCUGGGGACAAUGUGGGCUUGUUGCUUAGGGGUAUUCAGAAAACUGAUAUUCAGAGAGGGAUGGUUUUGGCUAAGCCUGGAACCAUUACUCCUCACACGAAGUUUUCUGCAAUUGUGUAUGUCUUGAAGAAGGAAGAGGGUGGGAGGCACUCUCCCUUCUUUUCCGGCUACCGGCCUCAGUUCUACAUGAGGACUACCGAUGUUACUGGCAAGGUAACUGAAAUUAUGAAUGACAAGGAUGAAGAGUCCAAGAUGGUUAUGCCGGGCGACCGUGUUAAGCUGGUGGUUGAACUUAUUGUGCCUGUGGCUUGUGAACAAGGAAUGAGGUUUGCUAUUAGAGAAGGAGGCAAAACUGUUGGAGCUGGUGUUAUCCAAUCCAUCAUUGAGUAGUAAGUUGUUGUGAGAUUGGUAUCCCAACUACUUGACUCUUACACUGUUAGCAGAGUAUCUAUCAUCGACGAUGGGCUUGUGCAAUUGAGUUUUGUCAUUUUACACAACUGCUGCUAUUUUGUUAUAUUUUGUAGGUUUCUAGAUGAUGUUUAGUUGAGUUGGACAAUGAGUUUCCUAUGGCUUGUUUAACUUCCAUCUUUUUUAUUGUUAUGAUUCAUCUGUUAGAACUUGAGAGCAAGAUUCCAUAAAUUUCUGCUUGCCUGAAAUUAUGAAAUUUGUCUUACAAAGCUGAA